AUGGCUACCACAACAAGCCUCAACCCGGCCUCCCGGCCUUCCAUCGCCUCCGUCCUGCCACCUCUCUUCCUAGGCACAGCAACCUUCAACACCCAGCAUGUAAAGGACCCGCUGCAGAUGCCGUACAGGCAAAUCGUCUCAAGGGCACUAGAGCUCGGCGUCAACGGCUUCGACACAUCGCCGUACUACGGCCCCUCAGAAGUCCUGCUCGGUGACGCCCUGGCCGCCCACACCGCAGCCACCAACAUCCCCAGAGAGUCCUACGUGCUGGUCACAAAGGCAGGCCGCAUCGCCGGCAACGAGUUUGACUACUCGCCGGCGUACGUGCGCUACUCUGUCCUCCGCUCCCUCAGCCGCCUCAACACGACGUACCUCGACCUCGUGUACAUGCACGACGUCGAGUUCGUCUCCCCCGCAGAAGUCCUUGCUGCCGUCCAGACGUUAAGACAGCUUCGCGAUGAGGGCAAGAUCCGCUAUGUCGGUAUCAGUGGUUUCCCCGUCCAUGUUCUCUGCAGUCUCGCCGAGAUGAUCCUCGCUGAGACGGGUGAGGCUCUCGAUGCAAUCCUGAGCUACGGCCACUUCACCAUCCAGAACCCCACGCUCGGCCUCGCAGAGGUUGUCGCCGGACCCGAUCACACCGACGAGCAGAGCCCGCUGCGGAGAUUCCGCAACGCCGGCGUGCAGGUCGUGCUGAACGCAAGUAUGCUCGGUAUGGGUCUCCUCACAUCCACAGGCGUUCCCGCGCGCACGGAGACGGCGGAGGGCAAGGCCGGCGUUAUCGCGUCGUGGCACCCCGCGCCGGACGACCUGCGCUCGGCAUGCCAGAAGCUCUCGGCCAUCGCCAGCGAUGCCGGCGAGCGUCUGGAAACCGUGGCGCUUCAAUGGUCAAUGGAGGAGUACGCCCGCGUUGGCGCCGCAGCUGGUCUUGGCGUGCAGUUGCCGGGCCAGAGCGGCGACGUGCGCGUCGGAGGCAGCGUGAUGGGCGUCACCAGCACCGCGGAGCUCGAGCAGACUGUCGAGUCGUGGAAGCUUGUGCUCGAGGGUCUUGCUGCUGGCAGCGAGGCUUCGGCGCGGUAUGAGAAGCUCAAGGCUCUCGUGGAGCAGAAGAUGUGGCCCGAGUUGGGCGUCUGGAAGGGCUACAGCUGGGCGAGCCCCGAUGAGGGCUUCCAGAAUGAGAGGAGCGCGGAUAAGUUUGGCUUGAUCCCGGAGGAGGAUGAACUGAUGACCAACUUCAUGACUAGAAUUUCCAGCAAUUUGUGA